AUGGCAUCCAGGCCUCCAAAUCAAAGAACACAAAAGCCCGAUCUUCCUCCAAAAAGGGGCCAAGUUAAAGCUCGAAUUUUUGGGAGCUUUGCCGAGACUGUAUCCUCUGCGAUCUCAAAAGCAAGGGAAGUACUGGCUAAAAUCAAAGGAAGCAACAGCGCCACCGGUAGCGACAGCUCCACCUGCUUCGCCGCAAGUCCACCCUCGAGUCAGGACGUCGACAACUUCGCUAUAUCCAGAUUCCUUAAUGUCCUUGUAAUGCCGUGGAUGGUGGCGCGGAAAUGCUUGGGAUUAGGGAAGAAGAGAAAAUGUGAGAUGAUUUUCGGGCAUAAUGGGAUGGACACGUAUGAAUCUUCGGAGAAAGGAACGGGAGAUGAAGGGACAUUGAAAAUUGUUGGAGACGAAGAGCAAAGGAACAGAGCAUUUGAGGAAGAAGAGGUUUGGUUAGAGUUGUACAAGGUUGGUCAUUUGGGUUUUGGCAGAGUUUCUAUCACUGGAAUCCCUUCUCAGACCAAAAUUAUGAAUAUAGAAAUUUUGAGAUCAAAGUCAGAGUUCAGUGGCAAUCCUAGUGAGACAGAAAAUUUAUUGGAUGCAGGGAUCAAUUUAUGUGCUGGUUAUGCUGAUGAAAAUAUGAAACUGGGUGGCGAGAUCCAGCUUAUUGAGGAUUAUUGCCUGAUUAUCACCGACGCAAUCAAUGGCCAAGAUUUCAGAAUAGAAGAAGCCACCAUCAAAGACAUACAGCUGGCAUUCACCCAAAAAAAGCUCACUUCCCGCGAACUAGUUGACUACUAUUUGCACCGGAUCACAGCCCUUAAUCCAGUGCUUCGCAGCGUCGUUGAAGUAAAUCCUGACGCAUUGCAUCAGGCGGACCAGGCUGAUUUGGAGAGGGAGAGAAAUAACGACAGCCGUCGAUCAUUAAGUGACUUGCACGGUAUACCGGUGCUCCUCAAGGACAGUAUUGCUACCAAAGACAAGCUUAAUACUANAUUGUUCUAG